CAGCGAGUCAACGACAAACCGUCCCAUCGCAGAAACAGAACACUUCUCGUCUCGCUGCACAGCGCAGGAAAGUUGGCAACUUCACUGUUAAACUCGCCUGUGACUGCUCAGCGCUGACAUCAGCGUGAUCUCACCACUGUAACUUGAGCCCUCUGGCUUCUUCUCCAGACUGCCUUUAAAUACGGGCGCUGGAGCCAGCGCAGCACCGACCCCUCCGGGCACUCCCGGCAGCUCCGCACGUAGAUGAAAGCAAAGAGAAGCUGCAGAACUCCAGCCAUGUCCACGUCCCUGCGCGUCAGCCCCUCGGUGCACGGCUACCGCUUCGACACGGCCCUGCGCAAGAAAGCCGUGGCCAACAUCUUCGAAAGCAUCAACCAAGAGUCCCUGCAGAAACUCUUCAAAAACUCUGGGGACAAGAAGGCGGAGGAAAGAGCCAAGAUCAUCCUUGCCACCGACCAGGACUUGGAGGAGAAAACCAGAGCGCUAAUGGCUCUAAAGCAGAGGCGAAAAGACAAACUGCUCCAGUUCCUAACAUUUCGGAAGUACUCCAUUAAAAUUCACUGAGCUGGCAAAGGCAGCUGAAAUGGAGGAAAACAUUUCGGGACGGGACUGUUAGUGACCCCCCCGCCACAGGCGGCAUGUUCCACGGCCCCGCGGGCUGCUGCCGGGACGGGGACCUGACCGACCGCACGGGGCUCAGCCCCGCUGAGCACGCAGCGAGCCGCCGCGGUGACAGCAGCAGCGGUGCCGACAAGCAUCGGAGCCACCACAGCAGCGGUGCCGACAAGCAUCGGAGCCACCACAGCAGCGGUGCCGACACAGCAGCAUCAGUGCCAACGCAGCAGCGGUGCCGGCGGCAGCAUCAGUGCCAACGUAGCAGCGGUGCCAACAGCAGCAGCGGCACCAACGGCAGCAGCGGUGCCAACAGCAGCAGUGGCACCAACGGCAGCAGCGGUGCCAACAGCAGCAGUGGCACCAACGGCAGCAGCGGUGCCCGCAGCAGCACCGGCGCACACAGCAGCACCGGCGCACGCAGCAGCACCGGCGCUGACGGCGGCAGCGGCACCGGCGCAGCGUGGCGGGCAGAGCCCGGCAGAGCGAGGACGCUGCACACCCAGGUGCGACCCGAGACCUUUGGACAGACUCGCUGUUCCCUGUGUCACCUCGGUGCCUGCUGCCGGCCGGGAGGGACGUGCUGGAGACCGACCAGCAGCUGAUCACGGCUCGCUGGGCACUAGUAACACGCGCGGCAGUGCACCUUCUGGUGCAGCCAGUUCAGCCUCCAGGGAAUGCAUUUGCUCUAGAGACACACUGUGCAACUGUGCCUGUUCUUUCUCAACCUGUACGCGUGCACUAUCAACUGUUUGCACAAAAGCAAUAAUAAUGACAUAUUUCCCUGAAUUUACUGUGAACUUCCUUAGUAUUUUGUUCACAUUAACACUAGAAAUCUAAAUAUCACAACUACAGUUCUUAUUUGUAUAAAUUACAAUAGCUAUUAGACAAGUACUUCAUGGUAAUAUUUUAUGACAGCAUUAUUAUUAUAUUGACUAUAAUUUAUUGCAUAUGGCAAUCUGAAACUUAAUAAAUUAUGAAGUAAACAUAAA